AUGGCCCUUCCGUUUACUCUCAGCAUUCUCGCCCUGGCUGUGCUGCUACCCCAGGCUGUGGGAAACAUUUCUUCACCGAGCAAUGAUACUGAUCUCAUGGCGCUGCUUGCCUUCCAAGCCCAGCUCAGUGACCCACUUGGCAUCAUCCGUCAUAACUGGACAACGGGCACACCUUUCUGCCACUGGGCCGGCGUGUCCUGCAGCCACCGCCGGCAGCGCGUCACAGCUUUGGUUCUGCGCAACAAGCCCCUUCAAGGAGAGCUCAGCCCUCAUCUUGGUAACCUCUCAUUCCUCACUGUACUCGACCUCAGAAACACAAACCUCACAGGCUCCAUCCCUGCUGAUAUUGGCAGAUUGCAUCGUCUCAAAGUUCUAGAUUUGAGCCUUAACAUCUUAUCAGGUUAUGUUCCUUCUGCCAUUGGAAACCUCACUAGGCUUGAGAGGCUUGUUCUCAACAAGAACCGCCUAUCAGGGAGUAUUCCAUCAGAGAUGCAAAGUAUGCAAAAUCUGAGGCAGAUAUCUUUGCAAAUGAAUUACUUGAGCGGCCCAAUAAUUGAAGAUCUGUUCAAUAGCACACCUUUGCUGAGACAAAUAGAUCUGGGGAACAACACACUAUCAGGACUGAUACCAAACAAUAUCGGUUCUCUGCCCAUGCUUGAAUUCCUCAUCUUGCAAGGAAAUCAGCUCUCUGGCCCAGUGCCUCCAACCAUCUUCAACAUGUCUAGGCUGCAAAUACUGGUUCUUGGAAGCAAUAAUAAUCUAACCGGUCCUAUUCCUGAUAAUCGCAGCUUCAGUCUCCCUGUGUUGCAAAAAUUUGAUCUGUAUCAGAACAAUUUCAUGGGUCUGAUCCCACUAGGAUUGGCAGCAUGCCAGCAGCUUGAAGAGCUCUCUUUGGGCGAAAACUCUUUUAUGGAUAUUGUACCAAUAUGGAUAGUUAAGUUGCCAAUGCUUUCUGCCAUUUCUAUUGGUGGGAACAGCAUUUCUGGAUCGAUCCCACCUGUUCUCAGCAACAUCACUUCACUCGCUGUACUUGACCUUGCACGCUGUGAGCUAACUGGAGAGAUUCCUACGGAGCUUGGCCGAAUGGGACAGCUAUCAUGGCUUCAUGUUUCUCAGAAUCAGCUGACUGGUCCCAUUCCUGCUUCAUUGGGCAACUUGUCUGCACUAUUCUUCCUAGCAAUGGAGGAAAAUCUUCUGACUGGAUCAGUGCCAUCAUCACUUGGGAACAUUGAGUCCCUAGUGUAUCUGAGUGUCGGUGGGAACCUCCUAAAUGGGGAUCUUGGCUUUUUGGCUUCUCUUUGCAAUUGUAGACAACUCCAGUCUCUUGUCAUAUCCUAUUGUUCUUUCACAGGGACUCUCCCUGACUAUAUGGGGAACCUGUCUACACAACUCCAAUCCUUUUAUGCAAGUAACAAUAUGUUGACUGGUGGAAUUCCUGCUACAGUAUCAAACCUAAGUGUCCUAGCAUUGCUAGAUCUUUCAAACAACAUACUAAGCGGUUCUAUCCCUGGAUCCAUUAUGUCCAUGGAGAACGUCCAAUUACUCGAACUUUCUAGGAACAGUUUCUUCGGUUCCAUCCCUCCAGAGAUCAGCAUGCUAAGAAAUAUCCAGCAGCUAUUCCUCAGUGGUAAUAACUUCUCUGGCUCAAUACCUGAUGUAUUUGGAAAUCUCAGCAUGUUAGUAUACAUAUCCCUGUCCUUCAACCAAUUUUCAUCAACUAUACCAGCAAGCUUGCUUCGCCUUGGCAACCUUGUCGAGCUCAAUCUGUCUUAUAAUGCCUUGACUGGUGCUUUACCUACAAAUGCCAGUGGAUUAAAGCAGAUAAACCGAAUGGAUCUCUCUAGUAAUAGCCUGUUUGGUAGCAUUCCAGAAUCAUUAGGGAAACUCCUAAUGCUAACCUACCUUAACAUAUCGCAUAACUCAUUCCAAGAUUCAAUCCCAGUCACCUUCAGCGAGUUAACUGGAUUGAAUACACUGGACCUCUCCUACAACAAUCUGUCUGGUAUCAUUCCAAAAUACUUCGCUAACUUAACCUAUCUGACUAGCCUUAACCUCUCUUUCAAUGAUCUACAAGGUCAGAUACCGGAAGGCGGAGUUUUCUCGAUCAUUACCUUAGAAUCUUUGAAAGGGAACAAUAGAUUGUGUGGCGCACCACGUCUUGGAUUCCCAUCAUGUAGUACAGAAAAUCCCCCCUCUAAGACUAGGCAUAUCGCCAGAAUUUUUAUCCCUAUUGCUGCCAUAGCUUUUGCAGCUUUAUCUAUUUGCAUAUGUCUAAUCUUCAGAAGAAAGUAUCCAAAGAAGAAAGGCCCAAUGGGUUCUGCUGAAGCAGGUGAUAUGAUCAGCUUCAGGUUAGUGUCCUACUAUGAGAUUGCUCGUGCUACUGAAAAUUUCAGUGAAGACAACCUACUAGGAGCAGGGAGUUUUGGUAAAGUUUUCAAAGGCCAAUUGGAUGAUGGCCUGGUGGUCGCAGUAAAAGUCCUGAAUAUGCAGCUAGAGCAGGCCACAAGAAGCUUUGAUGCGGAGUGUCAAGUGCUGCGCAUGGCACGGCACCGUAACUUAAUAAGAAUACUGAGCACAUGUUCCAGCCUGGAUUUCAAAGCAUUGCUGCUUCAGUACAUGCCCAAUGGUAGCUUGGAGAUGUACCUGCAUGCUGGAGAUAGGCCACACCUACCAUUUAUGAAGAGGUUGUACAUUAUGCUAGAUGUGUCUAUGGCACUACAGUAUCUACACCAUCAGCAUUAUGAGGUAGUUCUGCACUGUGACUUGAAACCUAGCAAUGUCCUGUUCAAUGAAGACAUGGUAGCACAUGUGGCAGACUUUGGCAUUGCAAAACUGCUACUAGGAGAAGACAACUCCAUGGUUUCAGCGAGUAUGCCUGGAACUAUAGGAUAUAUGGCACCAGAAUAUGGAUUGAUGGGAAAAGCAUCACGCAGGAGUGAUGUUUUCAGCUAUGGAAUUAUGCUGCUUGAAGUUCUCGCUGGGAAAAAACCCACGGAUACCAUGUUUGUUGGAGAUCAAAGUCUCAGGCACUGGGUUGAUCAGGCAUUUCCAGAGAGACUUGCAGAUGUUUUGGACAGCAGACUGCUGCAUGACCUAGAAUCAUCCUGGUAUGCUAGUGCUUGUUCUGAAGCUGCAUCUAGCAACUUGAGCAACUCUGUCAUGCUCACAUCAAUAUUCGAAUUGGGUUUGCAAUGUUCGAGCGAGCCACAAGACCAAAGACCAACCAUGGAGGAUGUGGUGGCCAAAUUGACGAGAAUUAUUCAGAACAGUGGCGGAGCCAGGACCGGUGCUGGUGGUGCUGCAGCACCAGUCCAAGCUACGUAA